CCGAUUAAGUAAAGAAUGUGAUAGAAAGAAAGUAUGAAACGCAAGUUUUCAGAUACAUACAUACUCAAACCAUAGCGGUUUUCAUUACCAAUCACAAUGCAUCAUUAAUCUUCAUCUCUAUAUAUACUUCUAACCAAAAUCAUAGUAAUAACAUUUCAUAUUCAUAUCGAUUUUCUUUGCACUCAAAUUUCUCUCUGGAUCGAAAUAUCCAUGGCAACCUCAUCUUCUCUCACAAACAACCAAGAUGAAAAUGUUCUGCAAAAACACGUUGCAUUCUUCGAUCGAAACCAUGACGGUAUCGUUUAUCCAUGGGAAACAUUCCAAGGAUUUCGAGCAAUAGGUUGUGGAAUUUUGUUAUCGUCAGUUGCUUGUAUUUUCAUAAAUUUGGGUCUCAGCCAGAAAACUCGUCCGGGAAAAUUUCCUUCUAUAUUUCUACCAAUAGAAAUUAAAAAUAUUGAGAAAGCAAAACAUGGAAGUGACUCUGGUGUGUAUGAUAGCCAAGGAAGGUUUGUUCCUUCAAAAUUUGAAGAGAUUUUCAUCAAGCAUGCAAAAAAGAAUCCAGAUGCUUUAACAUCUGAUGAAUUGAUGGGGUUGUUAAAGUCAAAUAGAGAGCCUAAGGAUUACAAAGGAUGGUUUGCUAGCUACACAGAAUGGAAAAUUUUAUAUGUUCUUUGCAAAGAUAAGAAUGGUUUGCUUCACAAGGAAACAGUUCGUGCUGUUUAUGAUGGAAGCUUGUUUGAACAAAUGGAAAAGGAACAUUCAGAAAAGAAAAACAAAUAAAUAUUUACUAGUUAUGUUGUGAUAUUAGGAGUUUCUCUGUGAAUUUCUAUUUGUGUUUCUUCAAGUAGUUUCAAUAAUAUAUAUUGUUAUCGGUUUUUGUGUAAGCGUAGGUGUGGAUCUUAAGGAACGAGGUUUAAGUUAUAUCUAUUAUAUUUUAGAUUAGAAUAUAUGUGAUUUUGUCAUGUAUAUGUCACAUUUUUAAAUUUAUUUGAUUUAUCAAAAUAUCACAUUGUAGAUA